UCUUUCUCGUCUCUGCACAGACACUCUCCACAAUCGAUAUCGAACCCUACGCUCUGUUUUUUCCUUUCUUUAAAAACGCACAAUGAUCCUCUUCCUCUGCAAUGACAUAGCGUUGGUUUGAUACAACAAUGGGAUCGCAGAAUCAAGAAACUCAACAACAACAGGCUCCAGCACUCAUUCCUCACCCACCCCAUCACAGCCCGCAACUCCAUCAAAUCGGCUUGAUGGGAUCAGAGUUAGGAAGGAACCAUAGCAUACCUUUCCAAGAUAAUCAUCAGCCAUCUCACCUUCAACUUCACCCUCACCCUCAACUACAUCCACAAACUUCUCCUUAUGCUCAAUCUUUAGAAUUUCAACAAGCUGUCAGGAGAGAGAUGGAAAUGUCAAGGAUUAGAGAUGAUAUGAUCAUUGCUGGGAUUGUGAGGAGAAGGAUUGAAUCUGAAUUGCGGUGGGAUCUGACAAUGCCUAGAGAAUUGACACUAAGGCCAGGCAUUACUGGACUUUCAUUUAGCUCCCCAGACAUUACAGGACUUUCAUUUAGCUCUCAAUCUAUGGGGUUUGAUGCUCCUGCUAGGUUUCCCAGUAUGGGGUUAAUGGCUGAGGCCAAGUUAUUUGACGAGAGAAAUAUCUUGCCGAACUUUGACAGGGAGAAGGAGAGUGUUAGCGGCGAGAGUCCGCCCUUUCAGAGAAUAACUACCAACCUCAACGUUUCCGAGGCUAUUACUGUCUCAGAAGGGGCCAAAGAGAAAGAAAAAAUUAUAUUGCAGCCAAAUCCUGAAAAAAUAUCUGGUCUGAAGAGAAAAGCUGCAUCAUCUACUGAUGCAGCUGAUGCUACUGAAAAUAUCAGUAAGGCCAUUUUAAAGAAGAAAGCUAAAGCAGAGUGGAGCUGUGCUAUCUGCCAAGUUAGUGCCACUAGUGAGCGUGCUCUGAAUGAACACUUGGAGGGGAAAAAGCAUAAGGCAAAGGAGGCUAAAUUGAAAGCAAAAGCAGCUAAAAAUCAAUUCAAGAAGUCCAAGGUUGAAGAAAUUACCAGUCCUGGCACAAUAGAUGAACUGAAAUCAAAUUCUGAGCCCUUACCAUCUCCAAAAGCUGAGGAGGCAAGCUCGAAAACAAAUGACCAAGGAGUCUUCCAGCAAAAUCAUUCACCAGAUAAUUUAAGUGAAAGUCAUCUUUCAUCAGUGCAAACAGUGCCGAAGAGUAGUAAUCCUAUGAAGGACAAAUAUGAGUUUUGGUGUGCAAUAUGCCAAAUUGGGACCCACUCCAAGAAAGUUAUGGAUGGUCACGAGGCUGGCAAGAAACAUCUCGCCCAGUUGCGCAAGUUCAAUAACAAUGAUGCAGUUGGUCCAUCCUAUCCAACCAAGAUGAUUAUAAAUCAGGAAGCUGUUGCUGAAAAUGAGAUGGUUUUAGAUUCAGACAAAGUUGGCGAACUCUGGUCCAAGUCAGCCAAACGUGCGGGUAAAGAAGAUGCAUUCAACGCCGAAGCCACCAAGAUUAUGGUUAUAAAUGAGACCAAAGAUCUUCCGGCGAGUGAUGAUACAACCAAGAUUGCCGGCACUACGAACUAACUGUUUCUUUCAACAGGGUUACAUGGCCUCUAGUAAAUAGACAAAGGUAAAUGCUUAUUUUACUAGGAAAUCUUAUUCUUUUUCCUUCAUUUAAACCCGGGAGGCAAUUUAACUGUUGCUGAUAGACAUUGUUCCAUUGGAUAUGUUAAACAGGUAGCAAACAUUGCUAUCUUGACAAUUUAAUGGUUGUGUAAACUAGUGGUAGAUACUU